AUGCAGUCUUCGCUGACCAGCUGGCUGAAAAAGUCCAGCUCCGAAAAGCAGCCCCAGCAGCCUCCGAAUGUGCCUCUAGUCAUACCGCCAAAGACCAGCCGUCCACCCCCUCCCCCAAAGUCGGCCUCUGCUCCAACCAGCGCGCCCCUUACCACCACACCGACGCCUUCUGCUAUGGAGAACUGGAAUGACAUCCCCGAUGACUUCCUGCAAGCACCUUCGCGACCCAAGUCGAAGAAGAGCCCUCGCUCAUCUCGCGCCGUCACUCCUGUUGCUUCGACAGUACCCUCCCCUAAUAUUCUCCCAGUCCAGCAGCCCCCCAAACCACCGCUUUUCGCCCUUCGUCCUCUGCCACCCAACGUCCAACUCGUACCACUCACCGAAGAUCUCAUGCCAGCAUUCAAGCGCCUAAACACCCUUACCCUGCCGAUAUCGUACCCAGAGUCCUUUUACAAGGAGACUAUGACGGAGCCGCACCACGGCAUCACACUCGUGGCAGUAUGGCACUCGCGUCCUGCAGGUGAAGCUAGUGAGCCUUCAGCAGAGCAGUCGCACCUCGUUGGCGCUGUGCGGUGUCGGCUUCUUCCCUCUUCGCAACUAUACAUCUCUACUUUGGGCGUACUCGCUCCCUAUCGUUCCCACGGCAUUGCUAUGCACCUGCUACAAGCCAUCGUGAAAAAAGCCGUCGACCUUCAUAGCGUGCGCUCCGUCACAGCGCACGUAUGGGAGGCAAAUGAGGAGGGCAUGGAAUGGUACAAGAAGCGGAGUUUCGAUAUCGUGGGCAAAGAGGAGGGAUACUACAGGAAGCUUAGACCGCAAGGCGCACUCCUUACCUACAUCAUAACAUGUAUUGGAGGGCGCUGCAGCGACAAUAUCAGUCGACCAACAUCUGAGCCACCAAAGCCAACGUCGAGCAAAGUCACAACGACAACCAAAGUGACGACAACAAGCAAGAAGCCUGAACCGACUCCUACCCCGUCAAAGACUACAAUCAAAACAAGCACAAAGACUGUAGUCCCACCAACCAAGACUACUACCGAGGAAGUCGGCCCAAGUAGCACUAGAUGCCCCGUGCCUCUCUACUACAAGUGUGGAGGUUGGCACGACGGCAAGCCCUGGACAGGCUGCACCCAGUGCGUAAAGGGAGCAAAAUGUGUGGAGCAAAACGAAUGGUACUUCCAGUGCGUUGCGGACACUAGUGUUGAAUGA